GUCACUGGGGAUGCCUGUAGCUUGUUUCUGCCCAGUCUGGGAUGGAUGGCCUCUAGUUUCCAAGUUCUCCCUGCCGGUGCUGUUCAGCCCCCACCGCAGCUAUAGACAAAUGACCUAAGUCGUCAGACCUGCAUCCCCACCCUCUGACCAGGGCUGGGAAAAUGAAUCUAACUGGUGUUCUCAGAGCCCUGAGCCUGGGCGGAGCAGGGCAGCAGCUGCUUGAAUUCCGAGGCUUCACACCUGCCUCCUCCACCUCCCUACCCCCACCCGAAGGUUCUAGAACAAAGGUGCUUUGUGUUUUGUACAGAUUGCUUCUACCUCAUCACUGGGUCCUCAGGACUGAGGUCUUCCGGAAGAGGGAAGGUGUGUGGGGAUAAGAGGUGGGCUCUGCCCCAAAGUGGUCACCCAGUGUGACACCUAAGGCUCUAUAGGAGUGGGCCUGUCCCCAGAGGUACUUCCUGCCUUCCCCGUGCACCAUCUGGAUGCGCAGAGAAAACAGCAAUUCAUGGAAGGUACUUUUGCUUCAGUCUCCAAAAGACCUGGGCUUUCAGGUGCUGGCCAUCGUGUGUGCCGGUGUGAACUAUCUUGUGUAGUUCGAGCUGACUGGAAUUCUGGAUUCUUCGGAACAUUCUCCCACUGCAGAGACUGCGGAUGUCACUGCAUACGCAGUCCAGCUCUGGCCUUCUAGCUUUCUGCCUUGAACUGAUGCAAACACAAAAGACAAGAUCUGGACAAAACAAAACCCACCCCUCUUAGGCGGUAUGUGCGUGAGUGCGUGGCUGUAAUUCCGGUACUGGGGAGGAUGGGGCAGGAGAAUGGCCAGUUUGAGGCCAGUCCCGGUUACAAUAUAAGUUAAGGGUUAGCCAGGCUUUAGGGUUAAGACCCUGUUUCAAACAAAAUAAAGCACAAUAUGGGACUGGAAAGAGAACACAGCCUUGGUAACGUGCGUUUUGAGUUCGGAUCCCCAGCACGCAGGUAAAAAGCCCCAGGUGAAGUGCUUUGCUUCCGUUCCCAACCGCGUGUGGGAGGGGUGGGGUGGAGCAAGGAAACCGGAGGAUUCCACCCCCCCCCCCCACCAGCCCCAAGCUUGCAGGACUGCAAGCCUAGCCAAUCAGUGAGCUCCGGGAUUCAGCGAGAGACCCUGUCGCAAAAAAAUAAGGUGGAGAGGGAUAGAAGUGAGACCUCCGCCCCAGGACAACUCGCACAAACACGUACACAUACAUACAAAACCAAGACCAAAAACCGCAAAGCAAAAACUCCUUCGUGAAAUAGGUCCCCUCUGCCUCCCUCUCUCAGCGCAGUGAGAUACAAAGGGAAGCUUUGGCUAACCUGGAGCGCACAAGAACGCAUAAAGGGUUAACACGAGUUGGCACUGGGUGGAGAGGCGGAGACGAGUUUUCAUUGGUGGAAAGUUAUCCAGGGAUGUGGUCUAAGAGUCUCCACACCCCACCUCCUUUCCGUACCUCCCCCCCCCCCCCUCCUUCCCCGACUUUUGUACCUAGUCUCGCCGGGACAGAGAAGCGGGCCGGGACCAGCCGGGCCAGAUCAGACUGGACCCCAGGGGCGAUGCGGCUGCUGCCCCUGCUGCGGACUGUCCUCUGGGCCGCGCUGCUCGGCUCGCGCCUGCGGGGGUGCUCCAGCCUCCGCCACCCUGUCUACUGGAACUCCUCUAACCCCAGGCUGCUCCGCGGAGAUGCAGUGGUGGAGCUGGGCCUCAACGAUUACCUAGACAUCUUCUGCCCACAUUAUGAAAGCCCAGGGCCCCCGGAGGGCCCCGAAACCUUCACUUUAUACAUGGUGGACUGGUCAGGCUACGAGGCCUGCAAGGCAGAGGGGGCAAGCGCCUUCCAGCGCUGGAAGUGCUCGCUGCCUUUUGCCCCUUUCGGCCCUGUCCGAUUCUCAGAAAAGAUCCAGCGGUUCACACCCUUCUCCCUGGGCUUCGAGUUCCUGCCGGGAGAGACUUACUACUACAUCUCGGUGCCAACCCCGGAGAGUUCUGGCCGGUGCUUGAGACUGCAGGUGUCUGUGUGCUGCAAGGGGAGUGGAUCCGAGUCAGCCCAUCCUGUUGGGAGCCCUGGAGAAAGCGGCACAUCUGGGUGGCGCGGAGAGCAUGCUCCCAGCCCCCUGUCUCUCUUGCUGCUGCUGCUGCUCCCAAUACUUCGUCUCCUGCGAGUUCUGUGAGCCAAGUGUACCUUCCCUGUCACCCCAAGGAACCAGAGCCCUUCCCAAGAUCCUCUGCUGAAGGGGUUUUAGCCACCAUACCAGUGAUGCCGUGCCAGGCAGACACGAUGAAGCUUUGAUGUGCAAAGUCAGAGGAUCUGAGGUGACCCCUGUAGGUGACUGCCCCUCACCACAGGCUGAAGAGGAACUACAAGGGAGCUGCAGACUGUCCAGGGCACCCUGGAGCAUCGCUGCUUUGAUGGUCUGGUCUCUUCCCCCAGAAGACUGGGAUUUGGUGAGAUCAAAUCCUUGAGCCACUGGGGGCUGAAGCCAAAGACCUGUGAACAGGUGGGUUCCUGGCCAAGAGCGAGGGAGAAGCCAUGCCAUCUGUCCCCUCUAGGUGUCUUCCCAGGGGCAACUGUUGCCCUCCCAGGGGCCAUUUAUUUGUCUUCUGUGAAGACGGACUUACCAUGAGGUUGAAUUUCAUGCUGGUUUGUAUUUUUUAUAAGUGUUUGGACCAAACCUUCAAUAAAUCACCCAUUCUCAUGGGG